AUGGCGCAGAAAUGUGUUCGCCAGGGCUGCGGCAAGGAGUUUACUGACGUGGAAGAGGAGUGCCAUUACCACCCUGGUCCACCUGUCUUCCACGAGGGGCAGAAAGGAUGGAAGUGCUGCAAGCCACGAGUAUUGACUUUCGACGAAUUCAUGGAGAUUCCUCCUUGUACGACGGGCACACAUUCUACCACUGAGAAGCCCCCUCCAGUGGAAGAGAAGCCUCAGAUCGACGAAGCCGCCUUGGCAAAGAAGAUUGAAGAGGCCAGUGUAUCCGCCCCAGCUCGAUUGCCGAUCCAACCAGCACAACACAUUCCCACCCCUCCGCCCCCGCCCCCAGAUUCCGAGGAUGACGAUCCGAGCUUGGAUAUUCCUGACGGAGCUGAAUGUCGCCGAAAGGGAUGCAGCAUCAAAUACAAGAAGGGAUCCGCGAGGGAAGGAGAAGAAUGUGUGCACCACCCUGGUGUCCCUAUUUUCCAUGAGGGUAGCAAGGGCUAUUCAUGCUGCAAGAGGAGGGUGCUAGAGUUUGACCAAUUCAUGAAAAUUGAGGGCUGCAAGACCAAAGACAAGCAUCUAUUUGUUGGCAGUGGGAAGAAGGACACUCCCGAGUCAGGUAGCGAAGAGAUUCUGGCCACAGUCAGGCACGACUUCUACCAGACCCCUACACAGGUCAUUGCAUCAUACUUCUUGAAGAAGAUCAAGAAGGAGACAGCCAAGGUCGAUUUCAAGGGAAAGGAAAUUGACUUGGACCUUACGACAAGCGAUCCCACGCCCAAGCGAUAUACGGCAACCGUGCCGCUAUUUGGCGAAAUUGACUCUGAAAAAUCAUCAUUCAAGAUUCUCGGCACGAAGCUAGAGCUUGUUCUUGUUAAGGCUGAUGGAGCUUCUUGGCCGGUUCUGCGAAGCGAUGAGCAGCUGACGGGCGAGAUUCUCCAGAUAGGCCGUGCUGGCAAAGUAUAG